AUGAAACAAUGUCGGUGCUUGUCUGCUUCAAGAAUGUUUUUAGCAAUUGUUCUAAUAUCUGCCAUGAUUCAAGGUAUUCUGGGCACCACAACAACACCAGUUGCAGCCACUACAACCCAGGCGGCGGUGACAACUACUCCGACGACGACACAGCCUCCGACGACCACCCCAACCGUCCCACCGACAACAACGCUAGCCCCUAACGAGCCGCGGACUGUAAUAGGGGAGACUGUUAUAGGACAAUGUCUGUGUGAUCUUACUGGAAAUGUUUGUGACAUCAACUGCUGUUGUGACGAUGAAUGUUCUCAAGCAGAUAAGGAUACAUUUGUGUGCAACCCGGUUUCUCGCCCUGUGUACCAGGACGACAAUUUGUGUUAUCAGGAAGAUAUUUUUCUGUUCACCAACUCUCCUGCAGAAACAAAAACAGACGGUGGCCUGUUUUGUAUCUACUAUGACAACUAUGCAAAAAGAAACUUCUACCUCGAUCCAGACUUCAUUUUAGACGUCCCAUCAUUUAACACAUACCUGAAUGACUACUCAAAUCCUGGCAAUCUGCCAAAACCUACAUACCAGGAACCAGUAUAUGACUUGAACAGUUUUUACAAAGCUGGGGAUCCAGUCUAUGUAAUUUAUGCAAAUGAGGCUCGGGGUGACUUUGUUAUUCCGCGGUCUCUAGGCUCGAGUGAAUGCUCACAGCAGAGUGCCUUACCAUACCUGACUGAGAUGAGCACAGAGUGUACAAGGAUGGUGACCAGUCUAACUCAGAACACAUGUGAACAGACUGCAGCGUUUAAUGCCUCUACCUACUUUCAGGGAUUCAGGGUUGUCAAGACGUCAGGGCUAUUUGGAUAUGUAGUAAAUGGGACAUUCAUUGGCAUAUCAACGACUGCCGCACCAACAACACAACCACCUGUAGCAACAACAGCAGCAGCUGGUAACAACACCAACACAACCACUGAUGCCCCAACCACAGCAGCACCUACUACAACAGCCCCUGCACAGUCUACGACUGUUGACCCAAAUCUUGUGCAGGAUUUAUUCAACAAUCCUUACACAGCGAUGAUUGAUGCUACUUCCCGUCCCCACCUUUGCCUGCAGACGGAUGGUUCCCUUGCAAACUGUUUAUUCACCACACCACCAUCUCCCAGUUUUAGUGUGAAUACAUGUAGAAACGUAGUUCAAGAGGUUCGCUAUUUCUUCACAACAAAUGGAACGUUCGGAAUAUCGCAGGUUCAAGCUCAGUUUGUGUUUCGAGACAUAAUGGCGGCUGACCUUCCCCUAUCACAGAGCUUCAGUGUGGCCUACAAUACGCUGUCUGAUACCAACGAUACGGUUGCCCGAAGUGGAAACCCAGGCUACAUUGUUGGCAAGCCAAUUCCCUAUGGCACUCUGAAUGAGACAACCAAUGCAGAUGGAACCAAGACUCAGAACAUAAUUCUUGCAAGUGUCGAAGAUGGGUUGACCCUUGUGCGGCCCACAGUGAUUGGUGAUUGCGGCACAUCCACGAUGUCACGAGUGCCCUUACGCUUCGGGGAGGAUAUGCGUACGGGGUGUUUUGUCAGGAUGAAUGUUUCCACCGUAACUGAUGCCCAGUGCCAAUUUAUCCAGAAUACGAUUGUUCAAACGCUUGAAGGAGUGAAUGCCCGUGAAAACAACAGGUUUGUGGCGACAUUCGGAAACACGGUCGAUACCAGUGUUGGGGACUGGGUUCGAGUCAUUGUCAGCAACAGGCCAGGACCUACAGAUGCCGCGGCUGUUCUGGGAGAGAAGUGCCGACUCAGAAUGGGGCUUCACAUCCAGAUUCUCUACGCGAAUGUCGGAGCCCUGGCUCUCCCGCAGAGGAGAAUUAUAGGUGUGGCACUUAUGUAUGAUGACGCAAGGGAUGUCGAGUAUAGGUGCGCAGGAGCAGCUUGCAACACUGGUGUCACUGAUACCCAGUUAUUCGAAGUGAGCCAGUCCGUCUCGUUUGUCGACGUCUCGCAACCCGCAACAGGCUUUCAGGGAGAGCCCCCUAUUUUCAUCGCCCGUGUACCCAAUGACUUCUUCUACCCGUUCCUGGUUUACUCUUCAGCAGGGGUAUCUGCUCAUUCGGCACAAACUGUGCUUUAUCCCCUGUUUACAUGUGUUAUAAUGGUUUAUACUAAACUGGCAGCAUGUCGGUCAUGAUUCAUGUAGUUUUUAUAGAAUCUCUGUAUACUAAAGAAAUUUGUGAUAAUUAACUGCCAUUGGUCGCACUUGGAGUGACAUUGUGAAAAAUUAUGUUCUAUGUAUCUUUCCUUAUGUGUAUAACAUUACAGGUAGUAUUUAUGGUUAUAGGAAGUCAUAAAAACAAAUCGUGAAAUUGUAGGAAAGAACACCACUCCUUGCUUGACACUUGUUGUUAUUAGAAAUAUAUAACAUGUGUAGAACCAUGUGCUGGUAUUUAUUGAGGUUUCAGCAAUUUAUUUGAAGACAAAGUGUUAUUGCAUGACCUCUCUUAAUCUUUUAGUACUGUAUACUGAGGUGAUACACUAAACAACAGAUGAAUGGUAAAUGUUAAUGAAAUGUGCUUCAAUUUUGAAUCAGGGCUUCCAUUAAAGAAAGUUUGGAAGUAUAUUUCUCAAUAAAAGUGUGCCCAAACUUCCAAAAUUGAAUCAUUGGAAGUUCAAAAACUUCCACUUUUUUUUUUUUGGGGGGGGGGGGGGAGAACUUUCAAAUGUGAAGGUUUGGAAGUUCAGAGUGCUAAAAUCUUGUCUCAAAGUUACUUAAUGGCCACAUUUUUGUGUCUUGAAGUUAAAUAAAAAAAAAUAAAUACAAUAUUGUGAAAUUCGCAAAAGUUAAAAUUACAAUUAUUUAAUAUCAAAAGUAUUUGGUUGGAAAGAAGUGGAAAUUCUUAGAAACAUCUACUUCCAUAAAUCAGAGGAAAAUGUCCAAUAUUGAUGUCAAGGAAAUUCAUACUUCCAGUUUAAAAUUCUUAAAGUGACACUCUUACUCAAAAUCAAUACAUACACAUGUAAAACAAACAUACAUUUGAAGUGAUACACCCUCAACUACUUAGUAAAUAAUGCAUUGUUGCAAAAUAUUAAUUACUAUUAACAAUAUUAUAACUGUAUUUAAUAGCUGAAACGCAAAAAAUUACAUUAUUGGUAUUUGUGAAUGCUAAAAGAUUUACUGUGAUUUACUAUGGUCUCAUAAGGUAGAAAUACCGUAUUUUCUGCGCAUUUUUUUUAAAUUAAACUCGGUAACCUUCAUGAGAACCAUUCUUUUCGACAUUUGUUCAUCCUUUUGGGUAUAUUAGAAAAAUUGUAUUAAAUGUGUUAAAUCUAUGUUGGGAAUAAUAGUGCAUCUUGAAUGGAAGCCCUGUUUGAAUAUCGUUACACUAUUUAACUGUUGAAUGAGAAUUAUGCGGUUUUCAAGUCAGUUUGUUCUGAAUUCAUGUACUGUAAAUUAAGGAUACAGUUAAAAUGUAGUGAAAUGAAGGAUUUUAUGGCCAUCUUAUUAAAAAUCUAUCAGGGGAUUGUGUUUUCAAAAUUACAUUUCUGAGUAGUUAUACAAUAAAUUUCAAAAGUUAUAGUUUGAUUUCUCAGUUCAGAUAAAGUUUUUAAUUUUUAUUUUACAACUUUCAUUUUCUUUUUAACAUUGACUUGAAAUUGAAGUGAAAUUCUUAAUCUUUUUUUUAUAUUUUGUCAUACGCACGUCAGUAAGUUAAAAUUCUUAAUCUUUUUUUUAUAUUUUGUCAUACGCACGUCAGUAAGUUACUACUAGAAAAGCGAUUUGAAUUUUUAGAUAAAAGUAGUAAUAAUUAUUAAGACUAGUAUUCUAAAGUUUGUACUAAUUUUAUUUAGCUCAAUUGUGACUUAAGCUUAUAGAUUAUUGAAUCACCCUUGAGUCUGUUUCCCUAGUAGAAUCCAGUAGUACCAUUACUAGUGUCCAGUAUAUGAUAUAAACACAGUUAUUUGAUGCAUUAAAAAUUCCUUGGGCUUAACAUAUGUUAAUCCAAAGCUUUAAAAAAAAAAAAGAUCCUUGAGGCUUAUGUCAAAAUCCCUGACUAUUCUUAACAAAAUCUCCUGGGCUAAUGUUAAAAUCCGCUGCUUUUCUAAACAAAAUACCCUAGUUUCUUAUCAAAAUCGCCUGGAAAUAUGGCAUCUAUGUAACUGUUUCCUGCAAUUCUUUAAAUUUAUUAAAUUUACUGUAUGACAAACACUUCCAAUUUUCAAACUUAGUUUGAUUUUGGAUAUGGGUCACGUUGCAGCUGAGUGGUCAGAACCACUAAGAAAAAGGUAUGAAGCUAGUACCAUGUAUUUGUAUAAUAUAUUAUAUUUAGUGUGUUAUGAGGUUUGACUGAAAUAUUUAAAUUUUGCUCAGAUGUGUACUUCGUUGCAUUCCGUCCAUAAGAAGAUGCUUGAUUGACUGUAGCUAUUUAUUAAGGCCACAAUUCAUUCAUAGUUUGUUUGAUGUUUCCCUACCCUCAUCUGGCCAAAGGCAAGAAGCCAUAAGCAUUUCAGUGUGCUACCACGAAAAAGUCAUACAAAGAAGUCAUGCUUGUAGAGCAUAGGCCUUCAUGGGCCUCUUGUUUUUUUGAUAAUUUUUCCCUACUUACCUUUAAUUUCGAAAUCAAAAUAAAUAAAUAUGAACACCAGGAAGGCUUUAGAGACUUUCUGGUCGCAGGUAUUUUUGUGAUUUGGUCGGGACACAGAGCAAAAUAUUUAUCAAUUUUGGCCUUAUAUUAUUUAAAUGAGUUAUUGCUACAGCUAUCAUAUUGAUAUUACUGUUUUGUAUUGAUGGUGUCAUUAUUUAUAGAUAUUAAAAGAUGAAACAACA